AACAUGAGAAUACUAUUUAAAUUGACCACUGAAUUUUUUUUUUUUUUUUUGGCGCUAAAUCUUUUAAAAUGAGCCCCGCGUGGAAGACUCACCCAUCCCGGGCAGGAAGUUGAACUGUUUUGCUCGCGACUGAAUCCCAGUGCCGGGCACAGUAAUACUCUGGUUCUCCGAAGAAAACAUCCUUUAAGAACCGCCCCUAAUUUCUUGCAGGGACCCUCUCUGCCAGGGCGCAGUGCUUCGGGGGCAAACCCCGGCAAAGAAUAGGGCCCAGGUCUCCCCAACGCCGGAUCCCUGCCCGCUACAGAUCGAACCGCUCUUACCUUUCCUCGCUGGUGGGACCCCUGGGACAGGUGGGGAGGGACUGAGCGCCGAGUGGGGCGAGCGCCCCGGGGACUUAGGGCGAGGGCGCGGCGGGCAGGGCCCAGGGGAGGGUGCGGAGGGGGAGGGCAUGCGAGGGCGGCGGAGAAGAGAGCGUGGCCCAGGAGCGCGGAGGCGGCGAGCGGCGCGGGACAGAGAGCUGCGCAGGUGUCCCCGCGCCCGGCCAUGGUGGACGUGCUGGGCGGGCGGCUCCUGGUGACCUGCGACGGCGCGUGGGUGGAGGCCGAGGCGGCGCUACAGAACAAGGUGGUGGCGCUCUACUUCGCCGCGGGCCGGUGCGCGCCCAGCCGAGACUUCACGCCGCUGCUCUGCGACUUCUACGAGGAGCUCGUGGACGAGGCGCGGCCGCCCGCGCCCUUCGCGGUGGUCUUCGUGUCCGCCGACGGCAGCGCGCAGGAAAUGCUGGAAUUCAUGCAGGAGCUUCACGGCGCCUGGCUGGCGCUGCCCUUCCACGACCCCUACCGGCACGAGCUGAGGACCAGGUACCACAUCACGGCCAUCCCCAGGCUUGUGAUCCUGAAGCCCAGCGGGGAGGUCAUCACCGACAAAGGGCGGAAGCAGAUCCGGGAGCGGGGGCUGGCCUGCUUCCAGAACUGGGUGGAGGCCGCCGACAUCUUCCAGAAUUUCUCCGGUUGAGCUGGGGGCCGGUCUCCGGGGGGCCUGCACCGGUGUGCAGUCACUCCUGAUGCUGCAGCUUCCACCCGGCAGAGAAGAAGAGCAUGCUGUCUCUCUAUGUUGGUGGUUUCUUUCAGAGCAGAGGCACUCAUCUGUGAUGGAAAGAAAAUGUUGCUCAGGGAAUGCCCUCCCUCUAGCUUUGUUGCUAGUUAUUUUUAUUAUUCUUAGCGUAGUUUUCUCCACAUGAGCUUAAGUGUGUUCACAAUGAGCUAUUGGAAAUCUAUGCAAAACAUGUAUUUAUACAAGCUCUUCAGGUAAAAUGGCAUAUUUAUUG